AAGCAACUCAACUAUACCUGUGACAGCUAGAUCGCGCGCCACCCGUGAUUGAUAUUACGACAACGGCUAGGCAGUAGCUCAUGGAACUAACAACCAACACUUCGGACCCUAGCGGGCUGUAGUGGAGACAAUGAACCAGGAAACUGGACGGGUCGUUCUCAUGUGGUGAUUACCGAGCGAGCGUAUCAUGUCCAGUCUCUGGCCGUACUCAUAUGUAUGUGCCCUUUCUGGUGGUGUCAUGAACAAUCCAUACUUUCUCAUGUAAUUUUCCCCCAGAGUUACAAGACGUUGGAACGAAUCUAUCAGUAUACCCAGUUUGUUUGACUUUUGUUUUUGCAAUGCCUUCCCAGAUUCCACAAUGGCGAGAGCCAAUUGCCAUUGUGAGCAUGGCAUGUCGUCUCCCAGGCGGAAUCGAUAAGCCACUAGACUUGUGGGAUCAUGUCCGAGCAGGCCGUUCAUCCGCCACAGCAAUACCCAAAGAUCGAUUCAAUGCUGAGAACUUUCUAUCUAUGGACCCUAAUCAGAAGGGAGCUCAGGCCUUUAGGGGUGCUCACUUCGUCAAGAGGGACAUCAAGCAGUUUGAUCACAAGUUCUUUGGCAUCAGCAAAGACACUGCUACAGCCAUGGAUCCUCAGCAGAAACAGUUGCUCGAGGUUGUCUAUGAGUGCCUUGAGUCAGCCAAUAUCUCCAUGGAAACAAUCUCAAAGUCCAAGAUUGGCUGCUAUUGUGCCAUGUUUGUGAGUGAUUAUCACGACAUGCUCAUGCAAGACCCCGAAUAUCUUCCAACAUUCAUCGCUAUUGGAACAACACGAACUAUGCUUGCAAACCGCAUCAGUCAUGCACUCGACCUCGGUGGACCCAGUGUUACCAUCGAUACAGCCUGUUCGGGUGCCCUGGUGGCCCUUCAUCUUGCUUGCCAAGCACUGCAGGCUGGGGAGUGUGACGGUGCUGUCAUUGGUGCAUCUAAUCUUUUCCUGAGCCCUGAUUAUGCAUUGUCCUUGACGCGUCUGGGCGCUAUUGCUGCGGAUGGUCAGUGCAAGACAUUCGAUGCCAGCGCCAAUGGAUAUGGACGUGGUGAAGGAACCAAUGCCGUCUACGUCAAGAGACUUAGCGAUGCAAUCAGAGAUGGAGACAGUAUUCGAGCGGUCAUCAGGGGCACUUCAUCUAACAGCUCCGGAGCUACUCCAGCAAUCACGGAACCUUCUGGACGAGCUCAAGCAGAUACCAUCCUACAAGCUUAUGCCCAAGCAGGAAUCAAUGAUUUCAGUGAGACUGGAUACUUUGAGUGCCAUGGAACAGGGACACCUGUUGGUGAUUGCAUAGAGUUGGGAGCCGUUGGUUCAGUCUUUUCUGAGAGCCACAAAACCCAAGACGCACUUUGGGUUGGUUCCACAAAACCAAACGUUGGGCACUCAGAAGCUGCUAGCGGUUUGAGCAGUUUGAUCAAGGUAGUCUUGGCCCUGGAAAAGGGCGAGAUCCCUCCCAACACAAAUUACAAGACACCCAACCCCAAGAUCGACUUUGACGGAUGGAGAGUUCGUGUUCCAACAGCUCCCCAGCCCUGGCCAUCAAAGUCCAUCCGCCGAGCAAGCGUCAACUCCCUUGGUAUCGGUGGAUCGACUGCCCAUGCUGUCGUUGAGUUCUAUGAGCCGCCUCAACUGACAAAUGGGUCUGCCAAUGGUGUCAAUGGGGUUAAUGGCCAUCAUGAAGACGGGGAGAAGACCAACGACCCAUUCUUCCUUCUCUUCACAUCUGGCGCUUCUCGCUCCUCUCGUGAAACAAACGAACAGAAUCUCCUCGAGUUCCUCAAGACACACGAAGAGUGCAAGAGCCUAACUAGUCCUCUUGUCAAAGCGUUGAACGCUCGAAGUCAGAUCCAUAUUCGGCCAUGGAAGUCGUUCGCUGUUGCGCAGUCUGUUGACGGCCUCAUCCAGCAGCUGGAAACCAACGCACUCAAGUCUGGUACAGGACCGACAAGUGGCGAUUCACCUCGAGUUCUGUUCACUUUCACAGGCCAAGGAGCUAUGUGGUCACAAAUGGGUAAACGUCUCCUCAAUGCAUUCCCUGUUGCGCGCAAUACCUUGUACAAUCUGGAGGAGGUCGUGCGAGAACUUCAGUCAUCCAAGACACCAACUUGGUCGUUGAUAGAUAAGCUUACUGCUGAGCUCUCUCAAGAAGAGAUUGACUCACCUGCCCUUGCCCAUCCUCUCUCCAUGGCGGUCCAGAUCGCACUGACAGACGUUCUCUCAAGCUGGGGUGUGCUUCCAGACGGUGUCGUUGGCCAUUCAGGUGGAGAGACAGCCGCUUCAUACGCUUGCGGCGCCCUCACGGCCAAGGAGGCCAUUACAGUGGCUUACUACCGAGGCAUAGCGUGUGAGAACGCCCCAUCAGGUGCUAUGUUGGCCACCAGGAGCGCACCCAAGGCUAAGGAGCUUCAAGAUUCAUUGGAGCGACACGAUGUGCAAAUCGCUUGCUUCAACGGUCCUCAAAAUCUUACUCUUGCGGGUUCUGCUGAGGGAGUCAAGAAUGUGGCUGCCGAGCUUAGCACUCAUGGCAUUGUCUCCAGAGCUGUUGCUGUGACUCGAGCUUACCAUACUCGCGCCAUGAAGACUGUGGUGGAUGAGUACGUCGGUCAGCUCAAGGGUGCCAUACAGCCCAAGACUGGGAGAGUCCCCAUGUACUCAUCCGUCACUGGCCUUGAGCUGAAGGGGACCGAGGUUGACGCUGAUUACUGGGGAGCGAACCUCGUCUCUCCUGUUCUUUACACUGAUGCAGUCACGCUGGCUUUGACUUCAUCAGACCGUAAGUUUGAUCUUUGUGUUGAACUUGGACCUCAUUCUCUACUCUCUCGUCCAACAUCUGAGAUCGUCAAGUCGCUGCCCGAUUCACCCCAACUCCCCUUCUUCGCCACGAUGCUCCGAAACGCAGACUCAAGCCAACAGCUGAUGAACCUCGCUGGAGACUUUGUGCUCAAUGGGAAGCAGUUAGACUUGGAUCAAGUCAACAAGAUCACGGGCAAGACUGGGCGCCUCCCCAAUCAUGUCCAAGACAACCUUCCCGCUUAUGCCUGGGACUAUUCCUCGACACCUUGGACCGAGCCGCGAAACAGUCAGGAAUGGCGUUUCAGGAAAUCGCCGCGACAUGAGAUUCUGGGAUCUCGCUGCAGAGGAGUGAAUCCUUCAGCUCCAACAUGGAGGAACAAGGUGUCUAUAGAAGAUGCGCCUUGGCUUGUUGACCAUCAGGUCAACGGUAUUGUGACAUUUUCCUUCACUACCGGCAUCGCAAUGGUGGUUGAGGCUAUGAUGCAAGUGCAGGAAGAGAGCAAGGAGAUUGACUGGGCGAAUCAUUCAUUCGAGCUUCAAGACUUUGUCUUUUCCAACUCCAUCAUUCUUCCUGACGAAUCACCCAUCGAUCUCUUCCUCACACUCAUCCCGGAUAACGAUAAUGCCAGAUCCGAGGAGACAUGGUAUGACUUCACUAUUUCCUCACUGCGAGGCGAUGUCGAUAUCCGUCACUGUCAUGGAAGAGCCGCAGUCCUCGAAACAAGCAAAGACAAUGUUGCCCUUCGCCGCAGGACCUCUUGGCACCACAUGCCCCUCAAGGUCCCAUUAAAAAGCUACUACAAGACUCUUGAGCGAGUUGGCUACGGCUACGGUCCCAAGUUCCAACUUCUCAAUGAAGUUCGCGUUCGCCCAAGUCUCUCAGCUUGCUCGGCCAAGAUCGACAUGAAAUCGACUGCUCAGUCUCCCGUUCCCGGCCAGCGAUAUCUCCUGCACCCGGCGAUGAUGGAUGCAGCUCUUCAAACCCCUGCAUUGGCGAAUCGCUCGGGCUACUUCCAGGAGAUUGACACGCUUCUCCUCCCGUCCAAGAUGAAGAGAAUCUCGAUCCGCAUGCCUGCUGAGAACACGGACGUCGCGUCUUGCACUACCAACACAUCGCCUGUCGGCUUUAGCAGGAUCCAAGGUAGUGUUGAGUGUUAUGAUUCGCUAUCGAGACCUUUCUUUGUUGUUGAAGGUCUUCAGAUGGACAGGGCUACGAGUGACGACAACACUACUCUCCCUUGGUUGAGACUUGCAUGGAAGCCUGACAUUGGCGAUAUUUCGAGCAAUGACCCCAUGCUGAACUCUAUCCAGAUCAAGAGUCUCCCCGCAGAGAAGAAGCUCGUUAACCUUGAGAACUUGGUCAAGGAGCUUAUACCACUUAUUGUUGAGAACGGUAUUGAAAAGGGCAAAGACUUGGCUCCUCACCUACUAAGCUACCAUUCAUGGUUCCUUGACCAAGCCGAGCUGCACAAAGACCGCCUAGCAGCCCGCCACAAGCAGCAGAACGGCUUUGCAACAGUCCAAGACGCCAUCAUGAAUGUCGUCGCCAACUCUGGAAUCUCUCAAACCGUCGAUGCAUCAAUCGUAUCUCAGCUAGCCAUCAACAUGUCAAGGAUCUUCCGCGGUGAAGUCGAAGCACUAGCAGUCUGGCUCGAGAACGAUUUACUCUACCGUUUCUACGAAGAGAGUAUCUUCACAACUAGCAUGAACCAGAAACUCCUUUCUGUCGCUGAGCUCUUGGCGCACAAGAAUCCCAACAUGAAGAUCUUGGAGAUUGGUGCUGGAACUGGUGGUGCAACUACUGAGUUGCUACGUGGCUUCUCCAAGGCUGGAGGGAAGAAUGCUUACCAGUCUUUUACUUUCACUGACAUUUCAGCUGGUUUCUUCGACAAGGCUAAGAAGAAGUUUGCUCAGUGGGAUAGAAUUGAGUUCAAGACUCUUGAUGUCGAGAAAGAUAUUACUGAGCAGGGGUUUACUGAGAAGUAUGAUCUCGUCGUUGCAGCCAACGUUCUACACGCUACUGCCGAUUUGAAGUUCGCCAUGAAGAAUAUCCGAUCUCUAUUGCGCGAUGAUGGAUACCUCUUGGUUGGAGAGCUGUCAGAGGACCUGACUUCAGCCAACUUCCUCUGGGGACCUUUGACUGGCUGGUGGCUACGCCCUCGAUCUCCCGGCCGUUCUGGACCUGGUCUUACUCUCGAUGAAUGGCGCGACGAGCUGGCUGCCGAUUUCGACGGCGUUUCUGAGAUCGAAGCCAAACACGACAAGAGCGACACUAACCAACUCUCAAGCACCAUCGUUAUGAUGGCUAGAGCAAAGCCAGCCGAGUACACUCCGCCCAAGCCGCUUUCUGAGGAGAAGGUACAUAUUGCUGGAGUCGGUAGCGGUUUAUCCACCCGAGAUCACUUCCAAAAGUAUCUCGGCACGCGUGGUGUUUCUACAACCUCUAGUACCCUUGAAGACCUUGCCUCACGAGAAUGGUCCGGUGAAUGGCUUAUCCUUGUUGACGAGGCUGAAGGAAGUUUCCUUGCUUCUCUUCAACCAGAGCAGUUGGCCGCAUUGAAGUCAUGGCUCACCAAGCCUAUCAAAUGCAUCUGGGUUACUCGCAAGGUAUAUCUCGAUCCCCAAAACACAACAGGAGGUCUUGUAACUGGUUUCGCUCGAACCCUCCGCGGCGAAAAUAGUCAACUUCAGUUGUACACUCUUGACUUGAGCAGCGAUGGUGAUGUCACAGCAAACAUCAUCUACCACGCCUUGGAACGGGCGCAUUACUCACAUGAUGACCCAAUCUCCAGAUUGGACUACGAGAUUGCAGAGAAGGACGGGCAGCUCUGGACAUGCCGACUUGUUAAUGAUGCUCCUCUGGAAAAUGCCUAUGGUCCUGCUCGGAAGAUGGAGGCUCCUUCAACUGAGGUGAUGAAAGCUCCUCAUCACUUGGUCAUGGGAGAAGUAGGAAUCUUGGAGAGUCUGACCAUGGCGCAAGAUGACGCAUACUCAGCUAUCCCAGAUGGGCAUCUUCUUGUCGAGGUUAAAGCUGUUGGACUUGAUGAACGGGACGGACUCAUCGCCCAAGGAUCUCUCCCAGCAACGGAAUUCGGUCGUGAGUGUUCUGGAGUUGUCACUAGAUGCGGCGCCAAUGUCACAUCAUUCAGCCCAGGAGAUCGUGUUGCUGUUAUUGGUCAAGGGACUUUCAGAACACAGUACCUAGCACCUUCAGAUUGUUGUAGAAAAAUACCCGACUGGCUUUCAUUCGAGGAUGCGGCUGCUAUUCCUACAAGCUUCGUCACUGCUUUGUACGCUUUGACAACACCAGCGAGAGUAUCAACAGGACAGAAAAUCCUCAUCAUCAACGCAACAUCAACCCAAGGCAUCGCACUCAUCAAGACCGCAACAGCCCUAAAGCUCGAUGUCUACGCUGCCAUCAGUGACGCAACCAACAAGCCCCUCCUCACCAGACUCGGCCUCCAUUCUUCCAAGAUCUUCGUGAACCCCACCAACACCAGCCGCUCUAGCGUUUCCCGCUCCACGACUUUCCAAGCAUACAAGCUCGUAUUGAACACUAAGUCUGGUCAAUACGCAGACUUUGCUCAUUUGGUCGCUAACCGUGGAACUUAUAUUGAGAUUGGGUCUGGUGAAGCUUCUGGCGAUGAGGUUUAUCUUGCGCCUAACAAGAAUGUCAUGUUUGCUUCUGUUGAUCUGACGGAUGCGUAUCAGGAGAGCAAACAGGACCUCGGAAGCUUGCUUGACCAGGCGAUUGACUUAGUUGAGAAGCGGGAGAUCGAUGUCGACAUAUCGGUUUCAGUGGCUGAACUUAGCUCUCUACAGUCAGCCUUCUCGUUACUUGUACAAGGUACUCAGCAAAAGCAGGUCGUAUCACUAACGAAUGUCGACGAUCAGCAAUUGAUCAAGACACGACCUAAGACUUCUCGUUUCAACCCCCACAAAACCUACAUCAUCACAGGUGGUCUCGGUGGUCUAGGCCGCGCCAUUUCUGUAUGGAUGGCCAGCUAUGGCGCUCGACACCUGAUCCUGGCCACCAGUUCGGUGGCGAGGGCCUCUGAGUCUGGUGACCUUCUCCAGCAACUUUCAUCAUACGGAUGCAAUGCUAGAGUCGAAGUUUGCGAUGUCGGUGACUCCGAAGCCGUUGAGCGUCUCGUUGCUUCCAUCGAUACUCCUGUUGGUGGAGUUAUUCACUCAGCGUUGAGACUUAGCGACUGCUUCUUUGAGGAUAUCACUCUAGAAGACUUUGAUGCAGUCUUCGGUCCCAAGGUCAAUGGCUCGCUAAACCUCCAUAACUCUCUUCUCUCCCAAGAUCUGGACUUCUUCGUCAUGCUCAGCUCAGGCUGUGGAGUCUUGGGUAACGAGGGUCAGUCCAACUACGCCGCAAGCAGUACUUUCCUCGACACCUUUGCCAGAUACCGUCAAAGUCUUGGACUUCCAGCCUCAUCUGUUGAUCUCGGAUUUGUCGAGGACGUCGGCAACAUCAGUGAGCGUCCUGAGAUUCAGGCUUCCCUCUUGUCUCGUGGCCUCAGGCCCAUUACUGUGCGCGAUGUUCUACGUGUUGUCGAGGGAGCCAUGGCAACUGGUUUACCCAAGAAUCCCACCACCAUAAACUCCACCUACGAUGGCUUUGUCCAGAGCCAGAUUGUUCUCAGCUUUGGCAUGAUCGACAAAGCCACAGCCGAGUACCAAUCUUGGGCUCAGGACGCAAAGUUUGGUCUAUUGCGAUCUCGUGCCGCUGACAAUGCUGCUCUUGACUCUGAUGCUGAUAGCGGAGAGAGUGCAGUCCAAACAGCAGUCAAGGCCUUCCGAAACACUCUGGGCCGGUUGGGUGAUGCGCCUGAAGGCAAAGAGGCAGCUUUACAGCCCUUCGUUUGCACUGCUCUUGUUGCGAAGCUAGCACAAGUACUUUCGAUCAAGGUUGGCGAUAUACAGCCUUCAAGAUCAGCGAUCCAGUAUGGAAUGGAUUCGCUUAUUGCUAUUGAGGUUCGAUCUUGGGCGCGAUAUGCGUUCCAAAUCGAUUUGCCUAUUAAUGAUUUGACGAACCCAUAUAGUAUUCAGGAUCUGUCGGCUAGGGUUUCAAGAAUGAUUGUCGGAUGAAUAUAAUGUCUUUCUGGGGGUUGCAGUUUAUUAUAGAUUGGGGUAUUGCUUGUCUUUCCCUGUUUCCUUGUGUGCGUUUUCCUUUGUUGUUAGGUAUGGCCUCACGAUAUAUGAGAUAUAUCAAUUAAAUACACUCCUUUCUUCCAAGAUCAUCAUGCUUUCCGCAUAGUUGUACUUCUCUAUAUUUAAAGUUCUUUGUAGAGGAUAUCUCUUCCAUCUCAAUCACGCCCGAGUCCCUCCCAGCUUACGCUCCCAAAGCCCAA